AUAGGCUGAGGAUCUGGGUUAUAAAAUUGCGAGAUUGCCAUGGCUGCAUAUGUGUUUGUUUUUCUUUUUAUAACAGCUUCGACAAUCUCAGACGACUUCAAGAUCGCAAAUUGACCCUCCUAUUAAGCCUCUACUUCCUUUAUUUUGGCUUCCUUCUCCUUAUUAACACCACCAACUACACUUCACCAAGCCACCAACACCAAACCUUCUCUCUCUCUCUCCCUCCCCAUUUUUUGUUGCAUACUCUGCUCUCUGGUUAAAGUUCAGUCUCUUGAAUUCCAUUCCUACAAUGGCUAAUAAUCUCACAUCUGCCCUUGAUAAAAAAUUGGUUCUGGGUGAAGAUUCUAAAGAUCCUUCCUCAGAUGCAAAAGGAGGGUCGAAAGAUGACAAGUCCCUGGUUGUUUGCUUUGGGGAAAUGCUGAUUGACUUUGUGCCCACAGUCGGUGGAGUUUCACUUGCUGAAGCACCUGCGUUUAAAAAAGCUCCUGGUGGUGCUCCUGCUAAUGUGGCUGUUGGCGUCUCAAGACUGGGUGGUUCAUCAGGUUUUAUAGGCAAGGUAGGUGAUGAUGAAUUUGGCUACAUGUUGGCUGACAUUUUAAAGCAAAACAAUGUUAACAAUUCUGGGUUGCGAUUUGAUCCCAGUGCAAGAACUGCAUUGGCAUUUGUUACGCUCAGGGCUGAUGGAGAGCGUGAAUUCCUGUUUUUCCGUAAUCCAAGUGCUGAUAUGCUUCUACGUGAAUCAGAACUCGACAUAAAUCUCAUUCAACAGGCAAGAAUCUUCCAUUAUGGUUCAAUUAGUUUGAUUGACGAACCAUGCAGGUCAACCCAUCUUGCUGCGAUGAGGAUUGCCAAGAAGUCUGGUUGCAUCCUUUCUUAUGAUCCAAAUUUAAGAUUGCCAUUGUGGCCAUCAGAAGAGGCUGCACGGAAGGGCAUAAUGAGUAUAUGGGAUCAAGCAGAUAUAAUCAAGAUAAGUGAGGAUGAAAUCACUUUCCUGACUGGCGGUGAUGAUCCUUAUGAUGAUAAUGUUGUGUUAACCAAGCUUUUUCAUCCCAACCUUAAACUGUUGGUAGUAACUGAAGGAUCAGAGGGUUGCAGAUAUUACACUCAGAAAUUUCGGGGCCGGGUUGCUGGUGUUAAAGUUAAACCUGUUGAUACAACUGGUGCCGGUGAUGCAUUUGUCAGCGGGGUACUGAACAGCAUAGCUUCUGACUUGAGUCUUUUUCAGAAUGAGCAGGGGCUACGAGAAGCUCUACUCUUUGCUAAUGCAUGUGGUGCACUCACAGUAACAGAAAGAGGAGCCAUUCCUGCAAUGCCAACAAGAGAAGCUGUGCUUCGGUGCUUAGCUCAGGUUGCUGAUAAAAAGUAGAGACGACAGUCAGUCAGUCAGUCAGUGUAUUCAUGUAUCUUCCAUCAACCUUGGUGUAAUUUGAGUUUCAUUUCACCCUGCUGAAAUACCUUUGAGCUUUUUGCUCCUGGAGGACCUCCCUACUAUAAAGUUUCGUUUUAGCCUCACCCUGGCUUGUUUUAUUACACUUGAGCACUCAGGGGGUGUCUCUCUGCUUUGAAAGUGUACACUGAUGUAGUGGUUUUAUCAAUAUAAACCACUGCCAGCCAAUAAAUUUUCAAGUCCAAAA